AUGGCUCUGCAGCUUUACUCACAGUCCAGACGUUCGCUUUUAAUUAACGUGUUUCUAUUGUAUUUCGUCAACAUUUUGAAUUCAAGUGUAGGCUCGCCGAGUUCUGAGAUUGUUCAAAAGCUUGAACACAGAUUGCUAAACUCUUAUGACAAGAGCGUCAUCCCCAAAAGAGUACUGGAUGUGGGAGUGAAUGUCACGCUGGACUUGGCAUUAAACCAAAUUAUCGAUGUGAACAAGCGAUCGCAGACUAUGACCGCUGUCAUUUGGGUGCGACAGUAUUGGAAUGAUCACAGACUUCGCUGGAAUUCCUCCCAGUUUGACGGUGUGAACUUCAUUGUGACUCAAGCCAGUUAUCUUUGGCUUCCUGACAUCACACUGUAUAACAAUGCUAAAGAUGAUUAUAACAUCGACAAGGAGUCGUAUCACAGCCUUACGAUAUCCUCUGAUGGAAGCAUAUCCAGGUACUUCCCGACUAUCUACAAAUCCUCCUGUAAACUGGACGUCAGGAACUUUCCCUUCGAUGACCAGGUUUGCCAGCUCAAACUGGGUUCCUGGUCGUACAACAUUUAUGAAAUGAAUCUCUUCACUCAAGGAGAUGGUGACAUCAGCUCGUUUAUAGGAAACGGUGAAUGGACGCUUCAAAGCAUGCCCUCGCAAAGACACGAGACUACAUUUCGCUGUUGUCCGCAUCCGUAUGUGUAUCUGACAUACGACAUUCACAUUAAACGAAGGUCGUUAUAUUAUGUACUCAACUGUUUUAUGCCCUGUCUCAUUAUGAUGGCUUUGACAAUCCUCUCAUUCUACCUGCCUUCGGAGACAGGAGAGCGAAUGGGUGUCGGUAUAACGGUGCUGUUGUCUUUGAGUAUCAUUCAGUUGAUUCUCUCCGAUUCCCUUCCACCCACAUCAGAAGUGCCGCUGAUAGUAGUCUACUACGGGCUUACAAUGUUGAACAUUUUCAUGUCGUUGGUUUUCUCAUGCAUUGUUCUUACUUUGUACCACCACUCUGCGCACUCCCUGCCUCACUGGUUGAGAGCUGUUCUGUGCGAAUGGGGGGCAAAAGCGAUGCGAAAGCAACAGGAGUGGUCCGCAAUUAAAGAACAGAAGAAACAGAUGGAAAUGAGGGAAAAAUCCACGUCAAACGAGAUGGUUACCAAUGGAGUUGUGGUGAACUGGAUGCCAGCUCCAUCACUGCCUUCUCAUGUGGCAAUCACGGAACUUAUUCCAGGCCAAAACCCAGAUGACCAGUCCAGCGAAACCGAGAAUGAUUACCUAUUAAGUCAAAGAUACCAUGAGGAGGACAAAGCGGAUAUCCUUCGUGAGGAAUGGAGAUUCGCCUCGCGAGUGGUGAAUAAGUUCUUUAUGUGGAUCGUGGUGUUCGCGAUCGCGAGCAACGCUUUGUAUGUCAUUCUCAAGGCCCCAAAAGGAAAUUUUAUCUUGAAUUGACAAGCAAAAGAUACAGUCUCUGUUGACCGUGACAUCAGUCGCAGGGGCAAUAUCUUGGCUGCGAGCCAGAUGUGCCCAUGAAACCGCCUAGAUGGGCUGGUGAAUAAACUACACCGUAUUAUUAGUUUGAACUGUUUUGAAGCACAGUAUAUAUACUAUCAUUAAAACUGAAAAAUCAUGGCACGUUUUCCAAAAUAAAGGCACAUCUCAUUUGCACCCAACGAACACUAGUCGACCAGUAAGGCUGAAUGAGCCUUUUGCCAAAGACAAUAAGGAAGCUGUGACUCGACAAAACAAAGCCAAUUUUGUUGUUGUCUUUUGCAGUGAAAAGGAACCAAAAAAAAGGUCGAUGAGAGUAGCCGAUAAAAAAAGCAAUAAUAAAGUCCAUAAGCCGUUCUACGGUUCUGUCAAACAGAAGAUUGUUGCCAUUCAAUAUAACAAUAUUUGAAAAAACAAAAGUCCUUAUUGUACAAGCCUUGUGUCGCGUUGUUUGCCAACAGAUUUCUCUUGUAGUUUGCUGUAAGAUGAUAAAAUGGUAGAGUAAUCAGCCACGAGCUUCACUAGUGCUGUGGUUUCUUAAAUAAACUUUGUAUCACACUUGA